UUUCUGAUGUCUUUCUCUCGCUUCACGUUUUUCUUUAAAUUUGUUUCCAAAACCAAAAAUAACAUUUAUAUUUUUUUAUAACUUAAGUGUUUAGUGUUAUUAUAAAAAAAUCGUUUCCACUCGUCGCGGCUCAUUUACAUUUCCCUCCCGUAAUUCAUCGGUUUUCAAUAUUCGUUUUUAGGUACGACUCGUUAUUUGCCGCUGAACAAUGACCGUCCGACCGUGAGUUUCCGACUACCAAACAUGAACGUGAUGAACCAAAUGGCCGUCAAACCGAACCGGUCGCUGUUAGAAAAGUAUGGCAUCCCUUUGAAUGACGUUGACUUCGACUAUGUGAAGACGUGCGAAGACCCGAAAAUAUUGAAACGCAUCAUUAAAAUAUUGGAAUCUGGAGAAGAAGGACUUUAUCCCGCUCUGUUGAUAGCAACUGAAACUCGUUUACGCGAAAUUAAACCCGAUGCUUCAAUAUUGAAUAGAAAGCUCUGCUUUGCACAAAAGUCUUCUGAAAUACCAGCAAAUGAAGAUUAUGGUGAUGAACUUAAUGAUAUAGCUAAAUGGAUAAAAAAGUCAAAUCAACAAGAAAAAGAUUUAUCAUCUGUAAGGCAAUACUCAAAAAGCCUCAUGAAUGGUCACAGUGAACCACCAGUUCGGAAAUCCAUUGAUUUGACAUCGAUGUUUAAUAGUGAAAAGCCUGAACAGGAAUUAUCAAUGCGCAAAAUAUCUAGUGUGCAAAACGAACCAUUGGAAGCCUCAUAUUCUAAAUGGAAUAAAUAUGAUCCUGAAGUUGAGAUAAUGAAGUUAGAUAUCAAAGAGAAGGUUGACAAGUUACAAGCGCAUAAGAAAAAAAAUACGAAUUCAAAAAGUUUGUCAGUUGGAUUGAAUGAUACAGCAAGUUAUCAUGAUAGAGUUAAAUCUAUGAAGAGUUAUGUAGACAUUAUGUCUAAAUGUGGUACAUUUAAACCUCAAGACUUGGCUAUGAGGGAAAAGGAAUUGGGAAAUGAAUGUUUUAAAUCAAACGAUUACGAAGAGGCAAUUUGUCAUUACAAUACUAGUAUUAGCAUCCAUUCAACGCCGGAAGCUAGAAACAAUCGUGCUAUGUCAUUCAUAAAAUUGAAAACAUACGGAAAAGCAUUGGACGAUUUAAGAGAAGUGAUUGAAAGUGACCCAAGAAAUGUAAAGGCACAUUUUCGAAGAGGGUCAUGUUUUAAAGCUAUAUCUAUGUAUUGCUUAGCAUUAAGAUCAUUUGAAUCCACAUUAAAAUAUGAUUGUAACAAUGCAAAUGCCCUCAAUUUUGUAAAAGAAUUAAAAAAUAUAAUAACAAACAUGCAUCCAAAAAAAUUAAUUAGAGUUCGGGAAAUAACUAGGCACUAUGAUGAAACUGUAUGGGACAUAGAAGACCCAUUCCACGUAUCUUAUAUGGAACUUUCAGAGUUAAGCAAAGACAAUGUUGAGUAUGUGUAUGAAGCGGAUUCUUUUGGUUGUUUAACAGAAUGUGUUUGUCAAUUGUGUCCUUGGCACGAGUGGCAACAACGUAAAAAAAAAUGGGGUCGUCCUAAAAUGUUUAAAAAUGAAGGAACCAGGAAACGUUGGCAAUUUUUAACACCUGAUAUUGUGCCUGUAUUGAUGUCUAAAUCUUUAGCCCCGGAAAUUCAAAAACCAAAAAGAAUGAACGUUACUGAAAUCAAUUCUGCUAAAAUAAAUGGUCAUCAUAAUUCAACGAAAAUUUGCAAUAAUGAAAUUAACUCGGCUAAAAUGAAUGGCCAUUAUAAUUCAACGAAAAUGAAUGGUAAUGUAAUCAAUGGAAUUGAUAAAUCUCCCUGUAAAAAUUGUGACAACGACGAAAUAAGUAUGAAACCAGUGUCUAAUGUUAAAGAAUUUUUACAAACUUGGAAAAUAGCCAGUCAAAAAAAUAAUUAUGAAUUAUAUCAUAAACUAUUGCGGAGUAUUAAACCACAAGAUUUACCUAGGGUUAUAAGUACAAAUUUGGAUGAAGAAAUCAUGUCCAAGUUUUUGGAAACCCUGAACCAAAAGUUUGAUCCCAAUAGCGAAUUAGAUCUUAUUGUAGAAUACUUAACAGCCAUGACCAAAGUUAAUCGGUUUAAUCUUAUUGUAAAGAUGUUAGACAACAAAGUUAAAGAAGGUUUCCAACCACUACUAGAACGUGUUCAUCGCCAUACAAAAAAUAAUUUGUUCUCAUCAUUAUUAUGAUUAUAACUUGUAUCAAUGAUGUGUUCCUCUAAUUGAGUAAAUAAUAACAAGAAAAUGUAUUCAUCUUCCUCUUUUUUUGUAACAUGAAGAAUGUUUUAUUGCGGUCACUACGUUUUUGUUAUGUCCGAGAAUUAAAAAAAAACUAAAUAAAUGUUAAAAUGAAUAAUAAAACAAAAUGUAAUUUCAAAUGAAAACUAUACAAGUCUGAUUAAUAUACCUAUCAAAUCGUUUUAAGAAUUAAAAAUGAAAUACAAUAUAGUAUAUUAAAGUAUACCCUAUUUAAUGUUAUUAACAAAUGUGUACAAUUUUAUAUAAUAAUAAUAACUAAAUAAUGUCUCUGUACCGGAUAAUUGAUAAUAAUAUUAUGUAUUUGGACUUAUUGAUAAAUCGCAAAUAAUACAAAAAUUCUAUGUGUAAUAUUUUAUCUUUCCAGUACUUACCUCUGCUGCCAAGGUUAUUAUUUACAGCUCAAAUUCUAAAUUAACAAAUAUUAUAUUCACUCUUAACGUGCAAAAGGGUAAUUAAUUCCAAAGUUGGUAUCCAGCAACUGAUUUAACAUUAACAUCAUUGAAUAAGCCACCUUGAAUAUUAUUUAUAUUAUGCAAAAUCCCAUUCAAUUAUUGUAAAUUGUUGUCAUUCCUGGAUUAAGAGGCCCAGUUCCAGUUUUUCAAAUUGAUUGCAAUUCUAUAAAAUUUGAAAAUUUAAUUUUAUGUUUUAGUUGCCAUAAUUAUAAUACUUUUCCACUAUUCUACUACCUGGUAUCUAUUUAGGGGGGUUGAUAAAGUGUAUUAUAUUGAGAAAAAAAUUACUUCAUCGGAAUAAUUCUCAGACCUUGUAGAAUUGUCGGAUUUUGAUAACAAUUUUUUAACUUAAAUAAGAAGACUUCCUACAAGCUUCCUAUAAGCCCCCUCCCCCCCCCCCAUGUGAAUUCAGCCCCCCCCACCAAAUUUAUUAUCGUAUUAAUGUAAUUUUUGUUAAGAAAAAAAUUAAAAUAUGACCUACGUCUGUAGUGGGUGCAUAAUACAUAAAAAUAAAUUUAAAAAAAAUCAAGGGUAUACUCGUAUUUUAUAAAAAUUGUUCAGAGAUUUUAAAUGUUUUGUAUACAGUGUAUACAUAAUUACAUAUAAACGAUAAACCUAUUACUAUUAUCGCGAAUAAUAUUAAUAGUUUUAGUUUUAUGUUUGUGUUUAGCACGAUAAUGUAGACAAUAGAUAUCAAUUUCGUUUUAGUAGUUAGGGCUUACUUAGUAUAAAAAAAAUAUAUA